CAAUCUCCAUGCACUUCUCUGCUUGCCUAAACCCACAAAAGUUUCUGUUAUUGUUUCUCUGGUUCCAAUGAAUGUAUUCAAUUCCGCCAAUUCAAGCAAAUCCCUCAAACUCAAGGUACAAUUACCCAUUUCACUUGAUCAAAGGUUCCUUGUCUGGUUUUGCUUUAGGAGAACUAACCUAAUUGAGUUCAUUUCUAUUUUUAAUAAUCAUUUCGCAUCUGUCUUCCAGUUUUCUGGGUUUGGUUUUGUUGGCCUGAGGGAAGUUUGAUAUUUUACUUCUGGUUGAUUUCGAAAAUUGUUCAGAUUGGAAUUUCAACUUCCAUACUGAAGCAAACCAUCUAGGUUAAUUUUUAAUUUUCAAUGGUGUGGCAGUGUUGAAUCCAGUUUCCAAUACCCGUGGGAUUUGGUAUCUCAAUAAGUUUUGUUUUCUAUAAUGGAUGCAAAAGCAUUAGCAAAAUCAAAGAGGGCUCACUCGCUACACCAUAGCAAAAAGCCCCAAGCUGCUCAAAAAUCAAAAGCCCCCUCUGGAGGUGCUAACGUUGCUGGAAGUGGAAAUAAGGCAUUGGGGAAGCAAGCUAAGGAGAAAGCUCGACAGUCCGGCCUUCCUUCGAAUUGGGAUCGUUAUGAGGAAGAAUUUGGUUCAGAUUCUGAAGACCCAUCUGGGAAUACUACAAAUAAAGCCUCUGAUGUUAUUUUGCCCAAGAGUAAAGGUGCAGAUUACCGUUACCUGCUUGCUGAAGCUCAGUCUCAGUACCAGUCAGAUUCUCACUUGGAUUCAUUUCCUUCACUGGAUGACAUUUUGCCUGGGGACUUUAAACUUGGAUUACAAUCAAUGCUUUCUGUCAGGGGAGAGAGCAUAUUGUCAUGGAUUGGAGAUGAUAAUUUCGUUGUAGAGGAUGAAACAGCUGCAAACCCUGAGGUACCAUUUCUCUCCCUGAAUUUGAAUGCCCUUGCAGAACAACUAGCAAAAGUAGACAUUUCAGAGAGGCUUUUCAUUGAAGCAGACCUAUUACCAGCGGAGCUGACUGGCAAUGGAUCAAAUACAAACGGCAGGGAAUCAGAUCGAAUGCAUACAAGUGAAACUGAUGCAACGUCAACAGUAACAGAAGAGCUUACAUUUGAAGAUUUUUCAAAGAAGGUUGAAAACCAGAAUAUUGAGGUUACAACGUCGGGAUCUAUUGUUAGUGGCCAUUUGAAUGUCAAUUCACUCAACGAAGGAUUGGAUUUAUUAAAUCAAACUAAGAAUUCAAGUCAAGAAAGCAUCAACUGUCAAAGGAGUGGCUUGGAGUUUCCAACUGCAUUCAAUAUGAGUUCUGUUUCAGAACCUGAGAAGAAACCAUCUGUAUUUGAGGCCUCAGCUGCUGAGGCAGAGCUGGAUAUGCUUCUUGACUCAUUUAACGAGACCAAGUUACUUGAUUCUUCUGGAUUCUCGCCGGCUGCUAUUCCUGUGUACCAAAAAGAGGCUCCUAUAGCUCGGCCACAUACAAGAAACACUCCAAGUUCUUCAAAAACAACACCCGUCUCUGCCAAACUUGAUGAUGUACUCGAUGAUUUACUCGAGGAAACAUCCAUUUUGUCGAACAAAAAGGAUUCAUAUCAACUGACAAAAGUGACUGCUUCCAACGAUGAAACUCAAUCUUCUUCCUCUCGUACCGGCACCAAGUCUAAAGUUUUGGAUGACUUCGAUUCAUGGUUAGAUACAAUUUGAAUCCUGGUAAGCAAAAACAACUCACUCGUGUAUCCUUAUUUGUUGUGUUCAAUGCUCUGUACAAGCUAGGCAAGUCUUCAAACAAGAAUGGUUCUCAUAGCAAAAAUGUGAAAUUUUGAAUAUAGCGUUGCAGUUGCCAAUUGCAGCUUAUGCUUAUCAUAGCUUCAUUUCUUUGAAA